AGUUGCUACUUGGCCUUGUGCUAUUUACACAUUUUGGCGGGUCCUAUAUUGAACCAUAACCUUUAUCUCAUUGCCUUUUUUUUUACAUGACCUUUGCCUUAUAUUAAUUGUUAUCUGUCAUCGUCGAGGAAUAAUAACGAACGUAUUCUAAUAAAAAUUCAUAGGCGGUGAUAUAUUGUUAAGAAAUAAAAAGAACGGUCGUGGGUGAAAGGGUCGAACUCGAUUUAUUUCUUUAUGAUAUCUUACGCUCUGCGAAAAGAUAUGCCUCAUCAAUAAAAAAAGAAUAAGUAUUUCAAAAACAAAAAGCAGUCAUGAAAGUGUCUGUCAAAAAUGACACGGAAGAACGUCUUGCUAAAUGAAAAUGUAUAACGGGAUUAAAAAAUUCCCAACGCUCAAAUUAAAACAUGCUCAUAUUAGAGAUAAAAAACAGUUACUAAGGACCAUAAACACUAUUUUGUCAGAUGGUUGCAACUCUUUGCAGGUUGUCACUGAUUUCGAUUUAACGUUAACUAAACAACAUGUGAAUGGAAAGAAUGUUCUCAGCAGUUUCGGAAUCUUUAGCAAGUGUAAGCAAUUACCAGAAUCGUAUGCAAAGGAGUCAGGUCGUCUAUAUAAAAAAUAUAGGCCAAUUGAAAUCGAUCAUACUUUAUCGAUCGAAGAAAAAAUAAAAGCAAUGACAGAAUGGAUGAUUGCUACGGAGGCUAUAUUAAAAGGGGUACCGUUCGAUCCUAAAGAGAUACCAGAAGUAAGCGAGAUGUAUGGAGCAAAUUUAAGAGAGGGUACUAAAGAACUUUUUAAAAAAUUAUACCAUGCUAAAGUCCCAGUACUGGUUUUUAGUGCUGGAUUAGGUGAUGUUGUUGAAAGUAUAUUAAGAAAUCAGGGAGUUCUAUUUGAUAAUGUAAAGAUAAUCUCAAAUUUUCUCAAAUAUAAAGAUGGAAAACUGGAAGGUUUUCAAAACGAGAGAUUGAUUCACGUAUUCAACAAAAAUGAAUACGCACUAGAGCAAGACUAUUUUAAAGUCCUUGAAAGGAGAAAAAAUGUUCUCUUAAUGGGUGAUACCACAGGAGAUGCGUCUAUGGUAGAUGGCAUGGUGAAUGCAAAUGCAGUACUAAAGAUUGGUUUUCUUUAUGACAAUGUUGAAGAUAGUCUUUCUUCAUACAUGGAAAAUUUUGACAUAGUCUUAGUUGAUGAUCAAACAAUGCAAGUUCCAACUGACAUAUUACAUAGAAUAUUGUAAAAUAUACUGUAAGAUAAUGGAAUUUUGUAAUCUGAGUUAUUUAUGAAGUGUUUUUUUUACUUGAAGGUUUGACUAAUACAAUGUAACAAUAGUUUAUUUAAUAAAAAACAAUGAAUUCUUA